UAUCUGGAUGCGCAAGUUCCCCACGACCCAAGUUACAGACGGAUGGUGGAGGGACUCCAGAGACCGCCUUAUCCUUCCCGAAAAAUUGGGCCACACAAUCCUGACGAAAAUACUCCAGGACGCGCACCCACAUGCCACAGCCCAAGGCCACCGAAAAAGAGGAACCAUACCAGGAGCCCACUGGGAAGUGGACUUCACCGAGGUAAAGCCCGACAAAUACGGCUAUAAAUACUUACUAGUGUUCGUAGACACUUUUUCAGGAUGGACUGAAGCCUUUCCAACCAAGAAGGAAACGGCGCAGAUAGUAGCCAAAAAGAUCCUAGAAGAAAUCCUGCCCAGGUAUGGUUUUCCAGUCAUGAUAGGGUCAGACAAUGGACCUGCAUUCGUCUCUAAGGGCUCUACAGCGGGUUCAUGAGGCCGUGUGGCCUAAACUAAAAGAACUGUAUGAGACGGGGCCCCCACCCACUCCUCAUCAGUAUCGUCUAGGAGACUGGGUCCUCGUCAAGCGACACCGGCAGGAGAACCUUGAACCCAGGUAAAAAGGACCUUACCAAAUCAUCCUGACGACUCCCACCGCCAUCAAGGUAGAUAACCUCCCCACCUGGAUUCACCACACCCACGUGAAGCCUGUCGACCCGCUAUCUGACCUCGUGGGACACACUGAUAAAAAUACUACUUGGACUGUAGACUGGAGUAAGAAAAACCCCCUCAAACUAACCUUGCGCCGUGCCUCCCCUAGACAUGUUCAGGAUAGUAACCCUUGUCCUACUAGCCCUCAACCUCAACCUCCUGGAGGGAGGACUAAAUGCCCCCGUUGACAAACAGAAGUUGUAUGAAGUUCUGUAUAGAAGGCCCUGUGAUUGCAGAGGUGGCAUAGUUAGAACCCUUACCCUGCCACAUGGUAAAAGACUAAUAGCCGGCUCUAUAGGAAGGGGUGGUCACUAUCAGC